CCUCAGAUCACUUUGGGAGCAAUUCGCCUGCCAUUGGCACCUCACACCCACAAUGUCAUCGCGUCAGCCCCGCUUCAACCAGCAAGCCCUCAUCGAUACCACCCCUCUGCCCGACGAUAUCCCCAAGGUCAAGGAGCUCGGAGCUAGUUCUGCGCCCCUUCUCAGUGCUUCCUUCUUUAUCGGCGCGCGAUGCAAGGCCUACAAUGAUGACUACAUGAUGUGCAAGACUGAGGCCAACGGCCGGGGAGAGCUCGAAUGCAUGAAGGAGGGUCGCAAGGUCACCAGGUGUGCGGCGAGCGUUAUCAGUGACAUCAAUAAGGAGUGUCUUGACCAGUUCCGCAGCCACUGGCAGUGCCUCGAGAACCACAACCAGCAACUCUGGAACUGCAGGUCGGAGGAGCGGAGGUUGAACAAGUGCGUGUUUGACAAGCUGUCACUCGAGAAGACGAUUCCAGAUGCACCCAAGGGCGAGACACCCGUCCACCUGAGGACGAAGAACAUUUUUGCUACCCACUAGUUCUGUACAUAUUACCCGGGAUACGACAAUCAAGAAUUCUG